AUGGACACGGCAUCACAAAAGAGGAUCAUAGGAAGGACACUAUUACCUACUCAUAAUGCUAGCCCGUGGCAAUUAGCAACAUCUUUGUUAAUUGGGGUUGCAAUAGGUCGACUUUUGCCGAUUCUCAACGAAGCUUUCCAUCGGCAUUUUGCAUCACGACCACCUAUCGCGAAAAUAACAUCACCUACAACUACAACGCUGAAAUCGUCGAUACCGGAUGUAACGAUACCGGAUUCGAUGAAUGUGGCCUCUUCUGCUUUACCGCCAGGCCUGGUCGUUCCAAUACUUUCAACACCCGAAGAGACUCGACCUCUUGUUCCUGCUAAAGAACACAUUGAAUCUUCAAGUGAUGAGAGUUCUGACUCUCUGGACGAGUAUUACAAGAUGGUGUUUGUUGUUAGGAAGGAUUUGAACAUGACUUCGGGAAAGGUCAUCGCUCAAUGCUGUCACGCAGCUAUCGAGCUGUAUUCAAUAGCCAUGAAGACCAAACCAGAGGUGGUCGAGAAAUGGUUGGAAACUGGAGCAACGAAAAUUGCGUUGAAGGCUACGAACGAAAAGGAGCUGCUCAAAUUAUACCAACAAGCACAGAGCAAAGGUCUGGUGUCGUGUGUAAUUGAAGAUGCUGGACAUACUCAAGUUGCUGAGGGCUCGAGAACCGUGUUGGGAAUUGGACCAGCACUAAUCGAAGAAGUGGACUCUGUUACAAAGAAUUUAAAGCUUUAUUGA